GACGUCUGGAAGAAAGCAAGUCCCCCGCGGAUUUCAGCACCUAGGCAGAAACAGUCAGGCUUUCCCGGGGGUGGCGGGCACCGGGAGGCCCGGAUAAAGCGCGGCGCCCGGCUGGCGAGAUUGGGGUCGCGCGGUCACGCUCCAGGUGCCCCUCGAGGGGGUCCCGGGGUCCCGGCCCCGCCGCCGCGCCCCGCCCAGCUCUGUCCCCGCAGCCUCGCGGGCUGCCGGGCUUUGUGGUUCGCCCGUGCGGCCGGGCCCCUGCUGGGGGUGUCGUUACGAGCAUGUGCAGACAGCAGCCCAAGCCUUCAGGAUAAUUCCUUCAGCAGCACCGCUGUAACAGAAGAUCUGGCUAUAGGAAGAAUGCGUUAUCUAGUCUCAUGGUUAAAGCUUUCGAUUGGGACGACUAACACCGUUCAAACAUGGAAUGAAGGAGUGAAUAUUUUACUCAAGGCCAGCAUGCAUGGUGUGACGAAGACACAGUCUCUCUGCAUGAAGAUCAGACUGACUGCUCUAGUCUCAGAGAUGAAGACAAUAAAGAAAAUUAUCCCGAUGCCGGGGCUCCGCUAGAGGAGCCCGUGCCGUCCCGCGAGCCGCCGCAGCAUGUAGAGCAGCCCGCGAGGCUGGACGUGCUGCGACCCAGCAUGGGCAACUUCAAGUCCCGGAAGCCCAAGUCCAUCUUCAAGGCCGAGAACGGGAGGAGCCACGGAGAAAGUCAGGAGACAGAGCAUGUGGUACCCAGCCAGCCAGAGUGUCGGGGGAGAACAGGAACGCCAGCUCAGGACAGUCCACAGAACCACGCUUUCAGGUGCCAAGAAACCGUGCGAGCUCAACGAAGAAUAGACCAGAGGGCGGCCGUGUGGCCAAAGGAUGAAACUCGGCAGGACCUCAAUGAGGAAGAAGCCGCUCAGGUGCACGGAGUCAAGGAUCCGGCCCCAGCAUCCAGCCAGAGUGCACCUGCUGAGGGGGCAGAUGCCACAGACCCUGUGCCAGCGCACAGAGAUGUACAGAAUGGAGCGGACAGUGCACCAGAAGACCUCCAGUCUGUUGAGACUAGCAGGCUGCUCUGUCACAUCACUGAUGGUGACAACCCGCUUCUGUCACCACGAUGCUCCAUCUUCAGCCAAAGCCAGAGAUUCAACUUAGACCCUGAAUCAGCCCCUUCUCCACCCAGCACUCAGCAGUUUAUGAUGCCCCGAAGUUCUUCACGGUGCAGCUGUGGUGACGGCAAAGAGCCACAGACCAUCACCCAGCUCACCAAGCACAUCCAGAGCCUCAAGCGGAAAAUUCGGAAAUUUGAAGAAAAAUUUGAACAAGAGAAGAAAUACCGGCCUUCACAUGGUGACAAGACAUCUAAUCCUGAAGUCCUGAAAUGGAUGAAUGAUUUGGCUAAAGGUCGUAAACAGCUCAAAGAACUAAAGCUGAAGCUGUCAGAAGAACAAGGGAGUGCUCCCAAAGGCCCACCUAGAAAUCCAUCCUGUGAGCAACCCGCAGUCCCCCAAGAGAAUGGGAAGCCGGAAGCUGUGGGCCCUGAGCCAGGCUCCUCUGGAGAGGAGACUCCAGAUGCUGUGUUGACAUGCGUGAAGGAGAAGAGAGAGCAGCUUCCUUCUCAGGACGUUUCUAAGGUAACUAAGCAAGACAAGAACCUCAUAAAGCCUCUUUAUGACAGAUACAGAAUUAUCAAGCAAAUCUUGUCCACGCCUUCCCUUAUUCCAACAAUUCAGGAGGAAGAAGACUCUGAUGAAGACUGUCCACAGGGAAGCCAACAACCUUCUUUGCCAAACCCAGCAUCCCACCUUCCUGUUGGCGACCACCUCACCUACUCUAAUGAGACUGAGCCUGUUAGGCUCCUGCUACCAGAUGAAAAGAAAGAAAUCAAACAACCAGCUCUCUCCAUGUCCAAUUUACAUGAGGCCACCAUGCCUGUACUUCUUGACCAUCUCCGAGAAACUAGGGCUGACAAGAAGAGACUUCGGAAAGCCUUAAGAGAAUUUGAGGAACAGUUUUUUAAACAAACAGGAAGAAGUCCACAAAAGGAAGAUAGGAUACCAAUGGCAGAUGAGUACUACGAAUACAAGCAUAUAAAAGCCAAACUGAGACUAUUAGAGGUCCUCAUCAGCAAGCAAGAUGUGGCCAAAACUAUUUGAGGUUCAGGAAAUGUUUGUGAUCACUUUGACCCAAGAUAAGUCAAGUUUAUUUUCCUCUGCCGUUCUUGCUAAGUAGUUAUGACAAAUGAAAAUUGAAGCACUUUAGUGUAUUAGCUGUUUUUAAGAAUGAAUGGCAAGUGUAAUUAUAAAUGAGUAGAAGGGAUUAAAAAGGGAGGAGAUACAACAAGGAACAGUAUAAUUGGAAGAUAAAAUUCAGCCUUCUCCAUGCCAGGGAGAAAAUGCACAGUCAAUAUAAUUAUUUCAGAAAGCAUCUAUUUUAUCAAAUCUAAAUAACACAAAGAAUCCACCUGUUUAAAUGGGCUACUGGUUAAGAAAGUCUACUUAGUGUCCAAAGAUUGCUUAUAUUGACAUAUGGAAGAGAGCAUAAUUUUAAAAAAUCAGUAAGAGGAAGAAAAGAAACUUUAUUUUAUGUAGGAAGGAAUACAGCUAGUAAGAAUGUAAUUUAUUUGAAACUUCUAAUAGAUUUUUAAGUGAUAAAAAAAAUCUACUACCUUGUUCCUUAAAUUUGCUAGGCUUUCAGCACCCUAAAAUAUACUAGAAUGUGUCACUGAUAAUUUUUUAUUUCUAUAUAAAAAUAGCACAUUAUUUUAUCUGUUACUUAAAAUUUUACAUUUCUGAUUACCAAAGUUCAUUCUGAUAGCAUGUACUUUGUGAAUUAUCUUUGUCUAUAUAACAGAUGUUUAUAUUAAAAUAAAAUAUUGUAUUAAAAUUUGAAAAUAGGUAUUUUGGAUAGAUGUGUCUAGUAUAUAAUCUAAUGUGAUCAUAGUUAUGAUUGCUAAUCUUUGUUUACUAUAAGAUUAUAUAACUAUUUUUCCAUUGGAAAUUUUUUUUUUAAUGUUCCAAGGUCUAUACUUUGUGAAGUCAAAAAACUUUCCCAUGAACUAUAUAGUUGUUCUCCAUUCUGUAUAAAAUGAAAGGUUUAGAAAUUGUUGCUACGACACCUUGGGAAAGAAGCCAGGAUAUUUUAUUUGCUUCAUCCACUUUAGCGUGUGCAGUUUUGUUAUUUUGUACUAAACCAACCACCUGUUUAUUACUUUUGCUUUUGUAAAAAUAAGUAAAAGGUCCACAUUUUCUCUUGUACCAACCAUGUUUAUAUUUCUCUUUUCUGUAAUGUUUAAGCAUGAUGUUGAACAAAUUCACACUUUCACAUAGUUUGGAUGGGAAGAAUAUUGACUAUUUCUGAAGCAGACUAUUUCAGAGGCUUAUUGUUUUCUCUGUAUUUACCUGAUAUUUUAUAAAUCAGCAUAAUGUCCUUCAUAAAUUUGUUUAAUUAAAGGCAUCUACUUGUAACAGAACAGAUAGAUACACAACUAUUUGAGGUUUACAAACUACAUCUUUGAUAAGGGAAAAUGGUUUCGUGACAUGUAUACAAUUGCUGUUAAAAUGUAACUCUAUAUAUUCUAUAAGAUUGUAAAUAUUUUAUACAACAAUACAAAUAAAAUAUUUUUCUAUUAUAUUUAUUAUGUUGAAACACAGUAGUUGUUUCCUGUUAGCUCAUAUAAAUAACAUAAAUAACACUGUCAAACAACAAGUUGGAAGUGCUGACAAUUCUAGGCUUCAAGAUUUAACUCAUGCUGCAAUUACACCCUUU